UUGGACAAGUCUUUCUGUCCCACUGUCAGGUAGUUGAGAGUUUGUUUGUCCAAAGCACUGGCAGACAUGGACAUGGCAGACUACAGCGAGGCUCUGGACCCAGCCUACACCACGCUGGAGUUCGAAAACAUGCAAGUGCUCCCCUUGGGCACAGACUCCUCACCAGCAGAAAGUGCCAACAUGAACGCUACUGGCCAUCUGGUGGCGGGCAGCCUGUGUGCCAUAUGUGGAGACAGAGCCACUGGCAAACACUACGGGGCCUCCAGCUGUGACGGCUGCAAAGGCUUCUUCAGACGCAGCGUUCGCAAAAAUCACAUGUACUCUUGCAGGUUCAACAGACAAUGCAUUGUGGACAAAGACAAGCGAAACCAAUGCAGAUACUGCCGACUGAAGAAAUGCUUCAGAGCUGGCAUGAAGAAAGAAGCUGUGCAAAACGAAAGAGACAGAAUCAGCACUAGGAGGUCCAGCUAUGAAGACAGCAGUUUACCGUCCAUCAAUGCACUAAUCCAGGCAGACAUGUUGUCAAGACAGAUCACCUCCCCUGCUCCCAUACUGAACGGCGACAUAAGGACCAAAAAGAUUGCCGCCAUCACAGAUGUGUGCGAGUCCAUGAAACAGCAGCUGCUGGUCUUGGUGGAGUGGGCCAAGUAUAUCCCAGCCUUCUCUGACCUGCCCCUAGAUGACCAGGUGGCAUUGCUGCGAGCUCAUGCCGGAGAACAUCUCCUGCUCGGUGUUGCAAAAAGGUCCAUGCUUUACAAAGACAUCCUCUUAUUAGGAAAUGACCAUAUCAUUCCCAGAAACUGUCCAGAGCUGGAGGUGGGCAGGGUAUCAGUGAGGAUCCUGGAUGAACUGGUGCUCCCCUUCCAGGAGCUUCAGAUAGAUGACAAUGAAUAUGCCUGCCUAAAAGCCAUAGUUUUCUUUGACCCAGAUGCCAAAGGUCUGAGCGACCCUGGAAAAAUCAAGCGGAUGCGAUACCAGAUCCAAGUGAGUCUGGAGGACUACAUCAACGACAGGCAGUAUGACUCCCGAGGCCGCUUUGGCGAGCUGCUCCUGCUGCUGCCAACCCUGCAGAGCAUCACCUGGCAAAUGAUUGAACAGAUCCAGUUUGUCAAACUCUUCGGCAUGGCCAAGAUUGACAACCUGCUUCAGGAAAUGCUUCUCGGAGGUUCUGCCAGUGAAGCUCCACAUGCACCUCACUCUCUCCACCCUCACCUGGUUCAGGAGCAUCUCAGCAGCAAUGUUAUAGUAACAAGCAACAUGCCAACACCGAUCCAUAAUGGUCAAAUUUCCACUCCUGAAACCCCAAUCCCGUCUCCACCUACUGCCUCCAGCUCAGAACAUUACAAAAUGGCUCAGGGGGUCAUAGCCACAGCGCCGAAGCAGCCAACCUCAAUCCCUCAGCCCACCAUUACAAAACAAGAGGCCAUCUAACAAUCCUCUGAAUACUUAGUCUUUUUUUUUUACUGUGUUAACCACAUUCAUUUUAUGUAUGUUUAUAUGCAAUCAGCAAAGAAGCUGUUCACUUGCCUGAAACAAUAGGGUAGCUACAUAGAAUGUAAUUAUGUUUCUUGCAACUUGCCACUCUGAGUUUUCAGAGAUCUAUUUGUUAUAUGAUCUAUUCGAGCUCCAAAGCUCAGCAUUGGAACUUUCCAAGGAAGCAGUUUUUCUAUGAGACCUACACUUAGAAAGACGUACAAUAUUGUAUAUAGAGUUUAUUAUUGGGCAACAUCACAAUUCUUUACCAUGGCCUCAGAGUGUGCAGUAAGGCUUUUGUUAGAUGUGGUCAUACUUUUUUGAAUGUUACAACAGGCUUUAUUUACACUGUCAUGUAUUUUGCGUUGCACAGUAUUUUUUUUUGUUUUAUGUUCAUGAGUGAAUGAGUGAGUGGUUUCAGUCAUGAGCUUAGAAAACAUCAUUUUGUCAAAACUGAAAUAGGCAUGGUUUGUUUUAUACGCUGAGAAAUGCAUAUACAUAUAAACGAUAGUAAAAAUGUAACAUGUUGAAAUUUGCACCAAGAAAGUCUUGGUGCAUAUGAGUUCUGUGGUGCCACUUUGUAAAAGUCAUAUGCAGACACACUGAGGAAAUUUCCCAAUAAUAUGUUGUUUUGGUUUUAAAAACAUAUAUAUAUAUUUGUUUAGUACUUUGUUAUGGUUUCACUGAUGGAGGAAACUGUGCCUUGUAACCUGUACUGCCUUUAAAAAAAAAAACAGCCAUUGUUUUGCCUUACAAUGUGAACAUGAACUAAUAAAUCUCAAUUCUCUAUUUUUA